GGUGUCAAUUUAAAAAUUCACGUUAUUAUUCCUCUGAUUACUUGUUCAUUGAUAUUAAUCUAUAAUAAUAAAUUAAUUACUUAUAUUUUCGUUUUAUUAUUUUGUAGGUAUUACAAUAUUAAUCUAAUUAUCUGUGCAAUGUGUUAAAACGAGGUUAAAAAUAUGAAGGUUAGGUGACUGAUCGAAUCGGACACUAACAAGGAGAUACAACUAAAUUGGCUGAUAAGAAAUACAAUUAAAGUAACCUAGUACUCUCAGAUUAUUUUUUUACGCAGUAGUAAGUAAUAUCAAGUGAUAUCUAUAAAAAAAAGAAUUGUAAAAGAUGGUUAAAGAUCAUGAACAGAAAUUAGCUGAAUUGAAGAGCAAAAUUAAGAGCUAUCCCGAUUUUCCCAAGAAAGGAAUAUUGUUCUGGGAUAUAUUCUCAGCAAUUGCAGAUGGCGCUACAUGCAAACUUUUACAAACUCUCUUAUUGGAAACGAUACAGGUUAAAUACAAAGAUGUAGAGGCAAUAGUUGGACUGGAGUCACGAGGGUUUCUGUUCUCCUUCUCUCUGGCAGCUGCAUUAGGAGUUAGUUCUAUACCGGUGAGAAAGAAGGGGAAACUACCUGGAGAAGUUGUAUCAUACAAAUAUGAUUUGGAAUAUGGCUCUGAUGUUUUGGAAAUUCAGAAGGACACAAUCCGUCCCGGACAGAAGUGCCUUAUUGUUGAUGAUCUAAUAGCUACCGGGGGCUCAAUCACAGCAGCGGUGAACUUACUGAAGGCCUGCCAAGCAGAUGUCAUUGGCUGCCUUGCGGUGAUAGAACUAGAAUCCCUCAAUGGCCGUAAAAACAUUCCCGAUGGUAUAUCUGUACAUUCCUUGAUUAAGCAUGAUUAGCAAUAGAUAAUACAAGUGAUCUAUCACUAUGUGAAGUAAAUAGGAAAAGUACAAUGCAAUAUUUAAGAACAACAUUUGUAUUACCUGUCAAACUUCAUACUUAUCGGCAAAUAUUAUUCUGUAAUGGACUUGCAUACAUAUCAGUCACACCUAUAAUAUUUAAUUUAAAUUUCAGUUUUGAAAAUAUAGAAUAGUGCUUAAAAGUCAUAUAUGAAAAUGUUUUACAUAAUCCCGCAUUUUGGAACAGACAAUGUUGAAAUAUAAAAAAAUAAUAACAUUCUAUUUGAUUUUUACAGGUGUUACCAGUUUUAAAAACAAAGAUUGUGAAAGUUUGUGAAAUUGUUAAUAUUAAACUUUCGCGUUGUUUAAACAUAUUGUAAAUUCACAAUUGUAACUUAAUGCCAUGGUAUUACAGGUAACUAGUACACAAAUAUCUAAUACCUAAACUAUGAGUAAUAAAAUCAGAUAUGAAAGUACUAUUUGCCUGUAUUCACGUCGCAUUGAGUACUGAUUGUGAAUUUAAAAUAUGUUUAUGAAAUUGUUUGCUAAAUACCUAUUUAUUGUAACAAUUUUAUGGUAUAUUUUUACAAAUUUUAAAUAGACAAAAACUACAUUCCUCAAUGUUAGUGUAAGAUUUAAAUCACUUGUUUUAUUUUUUGUUCUGAUUUAUUAGUGCAGGAUAGGGGUGCUUAAUAUAUAGCAAUAUCUGUAUAUUUUAGUUACAAUAUAUUAUACAAUAUUGAUGCAAUAACGAAUGUGUUAAAAAUCUUUUAUUCAAAAAAUAAUAUUGGAUAAAAGACUUUUAACAUAUUUGAAAAUAGAUAUGGGUGAUGUUGAAAUUGGUAAUGAUGUUCUUUUUUUUUUUAAUUUUACACAGAUAAAAUACGUCUUAAUAUAAUGAAGGGUUUACAUUUUUUUAUCUAUUAUAACAGCAUAAUAUUCGGAUUUAAAAUACAAUCUCUUUAUAGGUCUGUUAUAGCCAAUAUGAUGAAAUAUUAUGAAAAAAUAUUAUGAAUGCAAUGGAACCCAAAAGACUUAUUUUUUGUCUGUUUGUCUGUAGGUUUGUGCGCUCUUAUCUCAGAAACGGCAUAACCGAUUUGAAAGCGGUUUUCACUAAUGCGAUGCGGUUUGCUCCACAUAACAUUUAGCAUUUGUUUUAUUUCAAUCGGUUCAUAAAUAAAAAAGUUAUAUUAUUGUAAAGAAUCGCAUAAAAAAUGCUAUAAAAUAACCGAUCAGUUGAAUUGGCUGAAACUUUAUGAAGGUAGGUUAUAUAUAUCAUAUUUUCACUCAGGAUAUUUUAUAUACCGAUUCAUGCAGGCAGCGCUGCGGGUAACAGCUAGUCAUUACUGUAUAUUAUAAAAAAGUUUAUCUAUUAGUUAUCUAAUAUCCAUAGUAAACGUUCUGCUUAGUUUGAAACUAGAUGUAUAUGUCCAGUGAUAUUUAUUAUUUAGUGAUAAUGAAUCAAAAUAUACUUGAAUUUGUAAUUAGUUUUUUGUCUUUACUAUUUUUUUUUUUAUAAUGCAAUAUUUUAGCUUUUGGUUUUUCUAUUAUAAACAAAUAAAGUAAACGCUGUUGUCUGCUAUUUGAAUAUAUUUCUGUGUUAGAAUACUACUACCUAAGCAAAAUGCUCAAUUUUAAAUGUAUACUUGAAGAUAAUUUUUAUACAAAAAAAAAAUCAUUUUGAGUCUGUUAUGAAUAAUUCCAUUUAUAUUCUGUUGAUUUUAUUGUUUUAUACGAGCAGCUAUACAAUAAAAUGUUACUUUUUAAUUAA